GUCUAUUUAGAUGUAUUUAUGUUUAUUUUAUAUGUUGUUUUUAUUUGAUAUGUAUUUAUGUUUGAUAUGUAAGGUUUCCUCUGUGAGUCUAUACUGCACUGACAUCACAGCGGCCACACUAUUUCCAGAACAUUCCAGGUCCUCCAGAUAUGGUGGAGAAAGACGUUACUGGAUGUUAUUACAAUGGAUGAUGGAUUCCAGCAUAUUACAAAGGAAAGCUGAUUUGAUCCAUUAGCGUAUACAGGAGGGGAUAUGGUGCACGGUUACGUAGUGUUCGCAGUCAUGCCACCCAGCGUGAAUAAGGAACCGGUGCUUAUGUGCAUGACUACAGUCCUCACAAAGCUCAUUCCACAGUUACCACAGUUAACCUCACUGCUCAGGGCGCUAAACAUGACUUCAUGCUUCUAAAUGCUCCAUGGCUCUCUGUGUGCCGUGCCUGUGUGCGAAAGCUAAGACAGCUACUGCCUAAAUACCUGACUUUUACACAGCCUUAAUUCCUUUUGUACGGUCUUUAUUCCGGUCCUAAGUCUCGCCGAAUAGCUGUGGCCCUUUAAUGGUGAAACGUCUCCUGGUCCGCCUCUUCCUUUUUAGGACAUGUUUACUUUUAUCGGCAGACUUCUUCCUACUCCAGCGACUCCACCAGCUCUUCCGCACGUCUCCGCGAGAGCGAGCACGCGGGGCUUGAAGAGUGGGCGCUCGCGGUGUUUGCGCUCCCCGACCCCAGGGGUUUGAGGGCUUUCCUGAGACUGACCACACCCUGGGCAUCGCGAGUGUGAGCUGCUCUACUGCGUGUGUAGGGGCGAAAGACUGAGCGGGGACGUCUGAUGGCUCUGCUCACCCUGCACAGAUCGCCGUCUGUUUCCACCGCGCCAGAUGAAUGCAUUCCAAGAAGAGGGAUACUUCAGAAGAGAGAAAGUUUUGCUGUUGUCAAAGGGGCGGUUCUUCUGCUAGAAGAAGGUGCAAGGUUAGGGAUACAUGAAGAAACCACACCCCCUCUCUAUCCAAAUGCUAGAGCUGUGGGCGGGGAAUCUGGCACCCAGCAUAGACAUUUACAUGCCAUGGUUUCCUUGCUGAGGCCAGAGGACACAAUCAAACUGGCUGUGCAGCUGGAGUCUGUGAGCUCAGUCAGGCUGAGGUAUCUGCUCAUCAUCACCACGGCGAGUCACAAGCAGGAGAGUCUCCUCCUGGGCAUGGACUUCCCUCACAUGAGCAGUGACCACUGCACAAUCGGCCUGGUCAUGCCUAUAUGGAGUGACACACAAGUGUAUCUGGAUGGUGAUGGUGGCUUCAGUGUAACAUCUGCAGAGGUCACAAGGAUAUUCAAGCCUGUGUCCAUUCAGACAAUGUGGUCGGUGUUGCAAGCCCUGCAUGGCUGCUGUGAGCGGGCAGUGCACGGCGCCGUGAUCCCAGGCUGCAGUCUGGACUGGGCCCAACACUACCAACACCACAUGGAGUCGGACCAACACUGCCUGAACGAGUGGAGAGCCAUGACAGGCCUGGAGUCAGUGCGCAAGGACAGCAAGGGCAGCUCCACCGAGCGUGAGGCUGUGGAGAGCGAAAUCAAAGCUCAGCUCAGAGACAUCAUGAGAACAGAGGACCUGGAGAGCAUCACCUCCAAACAGGUUCGAUCUGCUCUUGAGGCCAGGAUUGGCAUGGACAUGAAGAACUACAAGGAGUACAUUGACAACGAGAUGAUGGUCACCAUGGCACAGAUGGACAAACCAUCCAAAAUCUUGGACUACCUUUACCUGGGCUCAGAGUGGAAUGCUGCAAACUUUGAGGAGCUUCAGAAAAACAACGUGGGCUAUAUCCUAAACGUCACCAUGGAGAUUGAUAAUUUUUACCCAGAAUCCUUCACCUACAUGAAUGUGAGAGUUUAUGAUGUAGAAGCGACAGAUCUGCUUGCACACUGGAACAACACGUACAUGUUCAUCAACGACGCAAGGAAGCACGGGCAGGCUGUGCUGGUGCACUGUAAGAUGGGAGUGUCUCGAUCCGCGUCCACGGUGAUGGCGUUCCUGAUGAAGCAGCAGGGAUGGGGGUUAGACCAUGCCCUCAACUACGUCAGGGAACGCCGGCCCAUCGUGCAGCCCAACGACAGCUUCUUCAGACAGCUGCAGAUAUACAGCGGAAUCCUGAGUGCCAGUAAGCAGCGCCACAGUGCCCUCUGGAGGCGGAAGUCCAAAUCAGAAAGCCAGCAGACACUGGAUAAAAAGUCCGACCAGGAGGCAGGGAGUGAUGAAGAGGAUGAAGAGCAAGAUGAGGAAGAGAGUCCAGAGGAGGACGAGGGUGAUGAGGAAGAAGCCAGAGAUGUGUUUGAGGAGAUGUUGCCUAUCAGUGUUCCAGACACUGCAGUGGGAGAGGCUCUCACAGCAGGGCCUGUAAUAAAUGUUCCAGACAGUGACAAGGUGUCUCCAAGUCCCAGCAGGAGUGGCAGGAUGGAUCUGUUUUCUCUUAUGCAGUCCAUCCAGUUGGAUGAUGAUGACAGACUGAGUGAUCUCGAGAACGCUGCCACCCAGAGGCGAUCACCAGCACACCGGAGACGGAGUUACAAACGGAGAGCCCUGACUCACCAGAAAGCUAAUGUGGACCGGUCUCCUGACCCAAGUAGCCAGUCACAGAACAGAAACCAGGGUGAGGCGGAGCUCUUGACUUCUCGAGAGGAGGCAGGGCAGAAGGAAGGCGGGGCCAGUGGCUAACACAGGAAAAGAGAGGUAGGAAGAAGAAAUGUACCGAAAAAGGGCAAGAAGGAAAGAGUACUGAUAAUGACAUACAACAGUCUUAUUUCAUCUUGUAUCAAGGUAAAUCUAAUUAUUCACUGGAGAACGAUUAUGGUAAAUUAGUCACACACACACACGUCCAUGCUUUCUUUGACCUCCUCUACACACACACUGCACAUGACUACAUUAUAGCUGCAGCACAGGGCAGAACGGACAGGUGCCACAAGCUAACACCCCCCCCCACACACACACACACACACACACACACACACACACAAAGACACACACACACACAAAAUACCCAAAAAAUGUAAAUAGACAUGCAAACUGCAGCACACGUUUGACAUGUUUUUCCUGUCAAAUGUGAGCAAUGAUGAGACCUGUAUUUAGUACUCCAGAUGUCACUCGGUGCCUUUCUACAAAUCUCUUCAGUCCUUCAUGUGUGGUAAGCCUGAGCCACCACCUUGCCAUCGCCGCACUGACUGCAGGACAGUGUUAGAAGUUUAGUCAUAAUGAGUGACUGAGUACACAAUGAGCUGAGUCUUGCCCUGGCCCUGUAUUAGUACUGAACAACAUUAUUAUUAUUAUUAUUAUUAUUAUUAUUAGUUAUUUGUUAAUAUUAUUGCUUUUUCUGCAAACCUUUUAAAAAUCAUGUAGUGAGGUUAAGUCCCUUAAUUCUAUGCAAUGGGUCUACUAUGUUCUUACUCUGUAGCUGUUUUUUGUUUUUUAUAAUUUAUUGUCUUUCUUUUGACUGUGAAGCUUUACGCUGACUCUUUUGGUGUGAAAACUGCAGUUUUUUUUCUGAGAUGAGCAUGAUGUACGAGUGAUGUAUGAGUGUGUGAGGUGGUGACAGUUCUUUGCUGAAACAUUCAUAGUACUGUGCCCUAAUGGUUCUGCAUUUCAGAAACUUUCUGCAGUACUUUUUAUAUAGAAAUUUAUGCCAGCUUGAACUUUUAAGCUUCUACAUAUUGGAGACUUUUAACUACUAUCAUGCAUGGGAGACUAAUCCUGAGAAGAUGUCUGCACGAAGGUCCAGAAUAAAUGAUCAUUGUAAUGGUUAAUGUUUCACUCCGAAUGUGCCAUGAUUCAGACACUCAUGAUGAAUCUCUUCUGUGGUGCUGUUGCUACAGAAUAAGUCACUAUGCCACAGUUCGACGCGCUCAGUGCCUUCAGUUUAAGAGACUGGACCAAAAUGGCACACGAGGUUUUAAUGUAUGUUUUCAAUAUGGAUGACAUUGUGAAUGUGUGAUCAGUGUGGUGUGGAAAUUGCAGUCUCCCAGCUGUUUUGGAUCAUGUGCAUGCUUUUACGUACAGGGAGCCUGAUUUUAUGAAGAAUGUCACUUGGGUAUUUAUUGUGUGUGGGUGGGUGGCAGUACAGUAUUUCCGUUGUGUUCUGAACAGUAUGCUGGUGAAGAGUAUGGUUCAUUAUACACACUGCAGUAGGACUAAACACACUUGCCAGUGUAACUGGUGCUUACAGCAGAUAGUUAAACCAAAGUAAACCUGAUCAGCAUUUAAUGUCUCCACUGCUUGAUAUAUACAUGGGGAAAAUGCCUGUUGGAUUUUAAGUAGCUGCAUUUCCGCAGAGGGAGAAAGUGCCACUUAUUAACUAGUAAACUUCACCUAUUCCCGAUGACCCUUUGAGACUCCACCCAUUCCCGAUGAACCUUUGAGACUGUGCACCUUCUUUAAGGGGUCAUGUGAUCUGUUAUUUGUCUUUAUUCUUGGAAAUUUCUCUUCAAUUUCAUGUGAUGCACCUGUUUUUUUUUUGCUGUACAAAGUAAUAAAUAUAAGAAUUUCUGAAAUGGGUAAAUGAUUUGAUGUGUUAUGUGAUGGGAGAUGGUUUUUCUGAAGGUUAAAGUCUAGUAUUGAAUUUAUACUAUAAAUUGCAUUGUCACUGGGACUUACUGAUGACUUUGAAUUUAGGAGUUUCCAGAAAGAUUGGCGUGGGGGGCAUGUGUGAAUACACUCUGGCCAAAUAAAAUGUUUAGCUAUAAUGCACUUAAACCUGUGUGUAAGAGAUUAAAGUUUAGAUGUAAAAUUUGCAUUUUA